UGUGUGUGGUUAAUAUUUAGAGUGAAUGAGGAGCGUGUUGAAGGCAGAGCGAAGCUUCAAGCAGCAAAGUGUUGUCAUCUAGUUAGUUCUUUAUCAUCUUCUUCAUCGUCAUCUUCAUCACCCGGUGACCCAAGUCUUCAUCCUCAUCACCCGGCGACCCAAGUCUUCAUCCUCAUCAUCGUCCUCCUCAAUGUCGGUUCUUCCGCUGCGAGUCCGAGUGUUGCGGCGCGUGUGGCGUCUGAAGAGCUUCUUCAUCGUGGGCGUGAGCCCCUUCCUCCUGCUGCCCCUCGCCCUCAGCACCGCGGAGGCGGCGUGUGCCUACGUCAUCUCGCUGAUGGCCUUGUUCUGGUGCACCGAGGUUCUACCCCUGGCCGUCACCGCCCUGCUGCCCAUCAUCCUCUUCCCUCUGCUGGGCAUCAUGGAGUCUAAAGACGUGUGCAUGCAGUACCUGCGGGACACCAACAUGCUGUUUGUGGGCGGGCUCAUGGUGGCGGUGGCCGUGGAACACUGGAACCUCCACAAGAGGAUCGCGCUGAAGGUUCUGCUGGUGGUGGGCGUGCGCCCGGCCAUGCUGAUGCUGGGCUUCAUGGGCGUGACGGCCUUCUUGUCCAUGUGGAUCAGCAACACGGCCACCACCGCCAUGAUGGUCCCCAUCGUGCAGGCCGUGCUGGACCAGCUCCACCGCCGCCAGGACGCCGACCCCGACCCCGGGGAGCAGAGCAGCGUGCAGGUUUUCCACGUGGGUGUGCAGCUACCUGGACAACCGGGAGAGGGCGUGCAAAGUGAAGUGGGCGGAGUCUACCAGGAAGUGAACGGCCAAGUGGGCGGAGUCGCGGAGACGGUCUACCAGGAAGUGAACGGCCAAGAGGCGCUCAAACCACCGCCGCAAGACAAACCUCCAUCCCGAGGCGUGGUGUGUCCAAUGGAGGAGGAGGAGGCGGUGAGCGUCGGCGAGGAGCGGAAGAGGCAGAGCAAAGGCCUCCUGCUGUGCGUGAGCUACGCGGCGAGCAUCGGCGGCAUCGCCACUUUGACAGGAACCGGACCCAACCUGGUUCUGGUGGGCCAGAUGAGCCAACUCUUCCCGGAGAACGGCGACGUGAUCAACUUUGCGUCGUGGUUCGCGUUCGCCUUCCCCACCAUGGUUCUGAUGCUGGCGCUGGCCUGGUUCUGGCUGCAGUUCGUCUUCGUCGGCUGCAACUUUCGGCGAACGUGGGGGUGCGGCGCGGGGCCGACGGCGGAGGAGCGGGCGGCGUACGAGGUGAUCAAAGACGAGCACCGCCGUCUGGGCCGCAUGAGCUACGGCGAGGUCAACGUGCUGCUGCUUUUCGUCCUCAUGGUGGCGUUGUGGUUCACGCGGGACCCUCGCUUCGUGGACGGCUGGGCCACGCGCCUCUUCAACGCCAAGGGCGAGUUCGUGACGGACGCCACCGUCUCUCUCCUGGUGGCGCUCAUGUUGUUCGUCCUGCCCUCUGAGCCACCGCGCUAUCUGUGCUGCUGGGGGCGGAGCUCCGACGCAGGCCCCGCCCCUCCCCUGCUCACCUGGCAGGUGACCCAGAAGAAGAUGCCGUGGAACAUCGUGCUGCUGCUGGGCGGCGGCUUCGCGCUGGCGAAAGGAAGCGAGGAGUCGGGACUCUCCCGCUGGCUGGGGGAACAGAUGGCGCCGCUUCACUCCAUCCCGCCGUGGGCCGUGGUGGUGGCGCUCUGCCUCCUCAUCGCCGUCUUCACAGAAUGUGCCAGCAACGUCGCCACGGCGACACUCUUCCUGCCCAUUGUGGCGUCCAUGUCCCAGUCCAUCGGGCUGAACCCGCUCUACGUCAUGAUCCCCUGCACCCUCAGCGCCUCCUUCGCCUUCAUGCUGCCCGUCGCCACACCCCCCAACGCCAUCGUCUUCUCUGCGGGAUACCUCAGGGUGUCGGACAUGGUUAAAACCGGCGUGGUGAUGAACGUCAUCGGCAUCGUGUGCAUCAGCGUGGCCAUCAACAGUUGGGGUCGACUCUUGUUCUCCCUGGACUCCUUCCCUUCCUGGGCAAAUGUCACCACACCCAUUUAGCUCCGCCCAUGAAGGCUUCCGCAUCGACAUUUUAUUUUGAAGAGUCUUACACUUCCGGUCAAACCUGUGCAGUGGGCGGAGUCUGCACGUGACAAGCUGCUACAAAAAAAAAAAAAGUUCAUGUCUUACUUUUUACUGCUCGUCAUGGUCACUUUUGAUGACGAGCAAAUGUAUUUAUUUAGACUUGUAUUUUGACUACUAACUAUGGCACAAUAGUGACGUAAGAAUGUUUUUUGAACACGUUCAGCAGACUGACCUCACUUUAAUAAGCUUUACAUAAAUAUUUGUCACUCGCACGUGUUUAAUCGAUACAACAUCAGCUAGUAUUGCGUUUAUUUAUGCAUUCUUAUCGUGUCUAAUGAAGUGGCAAACAGAAACAAUAACGUGUAACAUAUGUAAUAUAGAUAACAAUAAAUGAAAUGUUAUUAAGUCUUAUGUUUGUUGCAUAAUGUCUCCCUCAAGCGCUCAUUUGAUGAAUUACAGCUGCCGUAAAGUGUCCAAAAAAAAGUCAAAAAAUGUCAUUUCCGGCAAACAUUAUUGUGUUGUGUUGCGGCUAAUCGCAAAACAACAAAGCGUUUUUUCUUCGUAUUUUCACUCUUUGGUUCCAAGGUGUACUUUUAAUCUGCUUUUAUAUGUGUUUAUAUUCAUGAAACGCUUAGUUAGUCAAUUUUUGGCAGACUGGCGUCACUUUAAUAAGCUUUACAUAAAUAUUUGUCACUCGAUUAUGUUUAAUCGAUACAACAUCAGCUAGUAUUGAGUUUAUUUAUGCAUUCUUGUCGUGUCUAAUGAAGUGGCAAACAGAAACAAUAACGUGUAACAUGUAAUACAGAUAAGAAUAAAUUAAAUGUUAUUAAGUCAUAUGUUUGUUGCAUAAUGUUUCCCUCAAGCGGUCAUUUGGUGAACCACAGCUACCGUAAAGUGUCAAAAAAAAGUCAAAAAAUGUCAUUUCCGGCAAACAUUACUGUGUUGUGUUGCGGCUAAUCGCAAAACAACAAAGCGUAUUUUUUUCGUAUUUUCACACUUUGGUUCCAAGGAGUACUUUCUAAUCAGCUUUUAUAUGUGUUUAUAUUCAUGA